CCCCUCCAAAAGUCAAUUAUGCCCUGCCAUGCGAAAUUACUCUUUUAUUGCUCUUCUUCUAGACGUACAAUUGAGAAUCUCCGUGCACUUUCUCCAUUUCUAUCUCUUCCUCUCACUCUCCGAUCUCCAAAUCCAAAACCCUAAAGUAAUCUCAGAACUACGUACGUUAAAACCCUGCUUUUCUUCUGUUACCCUUUAGUGUCAAACGCCAUGACAAAGGAAUUUGCAGUGCCUCCAGUAAUAUUUCCCUCCGGAGGCAACCCCACAGUCGCUGGUGCCGCCAACAUGCAGCAACGACGGGUUCCGACGGCGCCGUUUCAGCCUCCCAGACCUUCAAACUCCGGGAUCCCGUUUAUGUCCUUCGAGAUCGGUUCAGCUCCUACUGGCUCAUAUGGCGCGGGUCCUAUUGGCGGUGGUCCUGUAACAUCCUCGGGCGCCGCGAAUUUUGACGAUGAGGAGCCACUCCUCGAUGAACUCGGCAUCCAUCCCGAUCAAAUCUGGAGAAAGACAAAAUCUAUUAUGAAUCCAUUUCGCGUCAACCCUACCGUUCACAAAGACUCCGAUCUAUCUGGCCCGAUCUUCCUUUAUCUCUCCCUUUGCCUUUUUCAAUUACUCGCCGGAAAAAUCCAAUUUGGUGUGAUUUUGGGCUGGAUUGUUGUAUCGUCUAUUUUUCUAUAUGUGGUGUUUAAUAUGUUGGCUGGGAGAAAUGGAAAUUUGGAUCUACAUACAUGUACAAGUGUUCUUGGCUACUGUUUGUUGCCGGUGGUGAUUUUAUCGGCAAUUUCUCUAUUCAUGCCACAGGGCGGGCCAGUCAGAUUCAUGGUCUCAGGGGUUUUUGUGAUUUGGGCAACUAGGGCUUGCACGAAUCUAAUGGUAGCAGUGGCUGAUGGAGGAGAAGAACAUCGCGGAUUGAUUGCGUACGCUUGUUUCUUGAUUUACACUCUGUUUUCGUUGCUUGUUAUAUUUUAGUGAGAAUAACGUAUGAAGGUAAAAUUGAUAUUGCAUUUUUUUGGAUUUUGUAGUUCAAAGAUAUUGUAGUUUGGAUUUGUUUUUUCGCUGUUGCAGGUCAUCUUGAAUCUAAUGUACGUUGACGUAAUUUUUGUGGUCAAAUGGUAUAUAUAGAGAUGAUUAUACCUGUAAAUUGACAUAGUAAUGAGUUUAGAUUGAAUUUUUCUUUCUCUUGACACUGGUAUUAAGUUGUGAAAUUACUGUGUGAGGAACAACAAUUUUAAAGAGUACUGGAAACAGAUGUUGUUUAUGCUUUA